UCUGGCUUCUUGGAGAAACAGUAGAAAAUGCAAAACGAAAUAAUAAAGCCUGCUAAAUACUUCUCAGAAGUGGAGAAGAGUGUGCUGCUUGCACUAGUGGAGAAGUACAGAUAUGUACUUGAAUGUAAAAAAAGUGAUGCGAGGACUAUUGCUCUGAAACAACGCACCUGGCAAGCAUUAGCACAUGAAUAUAAUUCACAGCCCAGUGUAUCCCUGCGGGACUUCAAACAAUUAAAGAAAUGCUGGGAAAAUAUCAAGGCACGGACAAAAAAGAUAAUGGCACAUGAAAGGCGGGAGAAGGUAAAAAGCAUUAGUCCACUUAUAAAUACUCACAUCAUAGGGAAGGAGAAGAUUGCCAGCAUAAUGCCUGAGCAAAUAUACUUUUUGCAGAGUCCACCAGAAGAAGAUUCUGAAUAUCAGCCUGAUGCUUCUAGUCAAGAGUCAUUUGUUGUCUCAAAUAGAGAACUUUGUGAUGAAGAGAAAGAGCUGAUACAUUUCCCAGUGUGUGAAGGUACCUCCCAGCCUGAGCCUUCGUGUUCUGAUGUCAGAAUAGCAGCAGAUAAGAACUACAGAAGCAAAGCAUCUCAGGAAAGUGCUCUGAAAAAGAUGCAUGAGGAAGAACAUCAUCAGCAAAUGUCAAUUUUGCAACUGCAGUUAAUCCAAAUGAAUGAAGUUCACGUGGCAAAAAUACAACAAAUAGAAAGAGAGUGUGAGAUGGCUGAAGAGGAACACAGGAUAAAAAUGGAAGUGCUAAAUAAAAAGAAAAUGUAUUGGGAGAGAAAAUUGCAGACCAUCACAAAAGAAUGGCCUGUAUCAUCCUUUAACAGACCCUUUCCUAAUUCACCGUAGAACAGAAAGUGGCAGAAUUAAUCUGACUGAGCACAUUUAUAAGUAAUGCACACUGGAAAGAGAGUUUUUUAAUGUGAAUGUACAGUGACAGAAUAGGUGCCCAGCUGAUAGUGAACACACUUUGAUUCUUAACAUUUAUGGCAACAGUGGUAGACACUACCAGGGAAGACAGUUCGAUUGUAGGUAAUUCUGUCCUGUGUAACUUUCCCUUGCAGAAUACCCUGGCAUCCUUUUGAAAUUCAAGGUAUUCUGGGCAGUCAUACAUUGAGUAUUCUUUAAAAAAAAAAAGUUUUGAACAUCUGGUUACAGUAUUUAUUUUUAUUUCCGUCUCUUCAUAUUUGUCAUUUCCUGAAUGAAGGCAGGGGUUAGAAUUGCUCUCUCCUAUUGAGAGAAAAGGUGAUUAACAGUGAUGCUCAGAUUGUUACACUGGGGCACAGAAAAACAAAACAGAACUUGUCCUUGGUAAAUAUACAGUCCCUAAACCAUUCUUUGUAGAAGAUGUGAAAAUGAAGGAAGUAGCAAAAGGAACACUGUGGUAAUUGAGUGCUUUGCUUGUGAAGAACAACAGUGAUGUUUUCUAGCUGGCUGGCUGGCUGAGAGAGUGGUUUGUGGAGUGGCCCUCGUGUUCCUUUAUGAAGUUGUGAAGAAGGUGACUUCUUCCCCAAAAGCCACUUGUCCUCUCCUUUCCAGGACUAUCUUGUAUUCAAGUAGAAUGCUGAAAUAGGAGGGAUGCUUGCUGCUGCCAAUGCUGCAUGCUGUUUCCUUGGAGUCAUUGUGAGGGGAAGGGCUACUUAAUUAUUCAUAAAGCUCUCAAAAUGUGGCAAGUCACCUAACCCAUUGGCAAAAUCUCCCUGUGUAUCCCCAUGAGAUACUUGAUGGUUUAGCAGCUAACUACUGCAAAAGAGGCUAAGUAAGACUUGCCAUCUUUUCCAAAGUUUUGGGUGAGAAACAGUGAAAGGGGGGUCAUUCCUGUCUUGGAGUGCUGUUUUAUUCUGUUGUGUCUGUUAAGGUGAUGUAUUUCUUGCCUUUGCUGUCACUGAGGGGUGAUGCACAUAAUUUGUACAAAAGCAUUCCCAUGAAAGCCCCCACAGAUGGGGGCCCAAAAUAGUAGAUGUUAGGAAAGCACAAAUAAAGAUAAUCCUUCCUCCAGCAAUCAUUUGUUCUAGUGGUGCAAGGAUUAAGAAAUGUGAAACACAGAACUCCACAAAGAUUCACUCAUAAGAACUUCUGAUGGGUAAAAAACUGUUUUGUAGGAAGGUGUACAACACAACCAUCAUUUGAAGCAGUGAGAAAAAAUGAACAAAGGCAUAAAUUUUCAGUGAAAAUCCCAAGUAUUCCAUUGUUCUAAAGUAUUUUCAGGUCACAAUGAAUAAAGGCACAUCCAGACAAACUAACAUAUUCAAGUUGAGGUUUGGUACAAAACAUCCUUUGGUUCCCAGCUGCACUCCUGUUUCUUUCCUGGAUGUUCUUUCUGGUGCAGUUUGUUUUGGUAUUGGUUUUGGAUUUUUUAGUGGGUGGUUUUCUUUUCCUCCUUUGAACUGCUUUCCCUUCUGGUGAUUCAUCUUUGCAAGCACUCCAUUAUCAACCACAAUGUUCACAGUGGUUAACACUGUGGUACGUGCAUUGCUCCCUUCAAUAUGCAAAGCAAGCACAAUGGGAAUGAUUUAUUGCAAUUUAUUUUAUUUGACAGAGGGGAAUAAAAAAAUAAAGGGAGUUUUUGUAGAGCUGCAGCAGGA